AUGUCCUUCAACCACAUUCCAGUGAUUGAUUUGGAAGACGCACUGAAGCCAGAGAAAAAACAAGAGUUCUUAAGAAAGUUGCAAGAUGCACUUGUAAAUGUGGGUUUCUUCCUGUUGGUGAACUUUGAGAAAUUCGGCCCACCAGCUCAUCAGUUCGAAGAUAUCAAGUCAGAAGCACUGAACUUUUUUGCGUUGCCAGAUGAAAUCAAAAAAGAGUGUGAAAUGCUGAACUCUCCGCAUUUUUUGGGCUACACCAAGCUGGGAAAUGAGAUUACGGGCGGUAAAGCAGAUUGGAGAGAGCAGAUCGAUUUAGGAACAGAACUAGCCGCUCCCAAAGAUCCAGAACCGCUCUACAAACAGCUGGAGGGCCCCAAUCUGUGGCCACAACCGGAGUAUGCUCCAAAGUUCCGCCCUGUGGUGACAGACUACAUUAAAAAAAUGACACAGCUAUCCACUGCGUUCAGAGGCUUUGUAUGUGAGGCCAUUGGCCUACCAGCUGGCCGUUUAGACUCUUAUUUCAAGCCUGACCAGCAAUGCAAGAUAAAACUCAUCUCAUACCCUGAAAAAGUGAACGAUGGAGUACAGGAUUCAGAAAACGGCGAUUCUGAGCUUCCUCAAGGUGUUGGACCGCAUCGGGACUCUGAUUUCAUCACUUUUAUAUUUCAAGCUUCAGAACAUAGAGGCUCUUUACAAGUUCAAAACUUUCAGGGCAAAUGGAUUCCCAUUGACAAUGUUCCUGGAAGCCUUGUGGUUGCCGUGGGUCAAACACUCGAAGCUAUAACCGAUGGCGUCUGCAAGGCCACUAUCCACAGAGUGACAAGUCCACAAGAAGGCGCAGGUGUAAGAUUGUCUAUUCCCUUCUUCCAAACAAUAGACAUUGAUUCUCGCAAAAGUGCCGUUUCCGAUUUAUCGAGUGACAUACUGCGGCUAAGAGAUGAAAGGGACAAGCUUAUAAACAAUUGGGGCGUGGAUGUGGGGUUUCAGUUCAAACCUGAUCUUGUCACGCAUCCGGUUGGGUAUGCCGUUUUCCGAAACAGAAUAAAGUCGCAUCAAGACGUCGCUGCCAAGUGGUACCCGAAAGAGCUUAAACAAGUUCUGACAGAGGUCUAA